GCAGGCGGACCCAGCCGCUCGUAACGCCGCAGUGCACGCCUCUUCUUCUCCCACCGGGGGGCACCCUCAGCACUGAUAAUAAUAAUGGAACGGCCUCGGCGCUUUGGAAGCCAAUCAGGUGGAACAGCGGUGAGGAACCAAUCGUGGAGCUCGGCCACAGCGACGUUAAUGUCAGCAAGUCACGCGUCGGCGUUUGCCAAGGCAGAAGAAUCGGGGUAGACUUCGGACGAAACGGCCGGCGCGCGUGUGCGCCUGCACCUUGAGAGGGCGUGAUUAAAAUAGGUGCGAAGCCACUUGGUAGGGAUCAAGUAGCAGCCAAAUAAUGACUGUGAAAGAGGAAAACUCGUGGCGUAUUUGAUUUUUUUUGUUGUUUGCGAAAUUUUUUUUUAUGAUGACAUAAAAUAAAUGAAAAUGAAGUUAACAUUUUUUUGUCUCGUUUGAGAGUCAAACUGUCAAACAGGAGCUCACACGUAGAAAAGGACACACGGCAAGUUCAUGGUUACUGAACACACCUUGGCCGAUACGGUGCCCAAGCAGCAAUGACGAACGACAUGGCGAUCUGGACCCAGGCCCGGGGCAGUAUCCGGUCGGUUGGCAGAGGCAGUGCCGGCAGCGGGAGCAGCGGAGAGGAGUACGAGUGCAAGAUCUGCUACCACGCGUAUGAUCUGCGCGCGCGGCGCCCCAAACUCUUGGCGUGCGGCCACGGCGUGUGCUCGCACUGUCUCUCCCGGAUACUAAGCGGCGGCAGUGGCGGAAGCGGUGGCAGCGAUGGCUCACGCCAAAUCCAGUGCCCGUUCUGCCGCUGCCCCACGGCGGUGCCGCCCUCGCGCGACGUGUCCGCUCUGCCCGAGGACGAGGCACUCGUGGGCAGCAUGGUGGCUCGGUGGAGGCCUCCUCCUCCGCCGUCAGUUCGACCGGCGCGCCACAACGGCGGCGGCGAGAUGCUGCUCAACCCGCUGCGCCUCAAGACUUCCUCGCUGGCGCUGUGCGUGUCGGUCGACUGCCUCGCGCUCAACGCGCCGAGCGGGGACCACCUCGCGGGACGCCUCCCCAACGCAGCGCUCGGCCACAACCGGGCAGUCGAGCCUCGACCUUAACUGGGCGAUGGCUCGCAACCACGACCACCUUUCGGAACUCGGCCAGAUUCAGCACACGGGCGUGGGAAUAGGCUUAGACCAAAGUCAGGUGUUCACCUAUGGUCAGAGCCGAGGCACGGGGUUGGCCCUGAACCUGGCAGCGCGCCAGAACUUCACCGGCGACUCCGUGGCAGG